AGUUAGUAGUGUUAGUAGUUAAUAGUAGUAGUACUUACUGAUAGUUGUUGUAUUUUAUUAUCUACUUCAGCUGUGAUUCAAAGUAUUUUUUUGUUGCGAAAUAUAUCAUUAAUAAUUAUAAUAAAUAAAAGCAAUUAUCAUAAAAAAAGAAGACUUAUUCACAAGAAUUAUUCAUUAUGGGGAUUGAUGAACGUUUUAAUCAACAAGCUUUAAGAGAACAUAAUCGGCUUCGUUCUCUUCAUGGAUGUGGCGAAUUACAGUUGGAUGAUGAAUUAAUGAUUUCAGCGCAAAAAUGGGCUGAAAAUUUAGCUGAUGCUGAAAAAUUAUAUCAUAGUAAUCAUAAUGAAUAUGGAGAAAAUUUAGCUUUCAAAAUGUCCGCACCACCAUGUCAGAUAACAGGUGAAGAGGUUUCACAGACAUGGUAUAGUGAGAUUGACUAUCACGACUUCACCCAAUGUUACCAUCCGAAUUCACGUCAUUUUACUCAAAUGAUUUGGAAAUCCACUACACAUGUUGGAUUUGGCUUAGCUUUUAGUCGUGAUAAAACAAAGGCAUAUGUAGUUGGACGUUAUCUGCCAGUGGGUAACCAAGGUGAUUUUGGAUGGAAUGUACCUCAUUAUCAAGGAGUUAGACGAUGUGACAGUAUGUAUUCAUUGGAUCGUAAUUCGAUUAGAUCAAGUCAUAGACGAUCAUUCAGAGAAAGUCUUGGAUUAUCAGAAAGGUGCAAAUGUUAUUGGGAUCAUACACCGUAUGCACCGGAAGGACACACUGUGAUCACCGAAGAUGAACGUUCUAGAACUGGUUCAAUACGUAGUGGAGAAUUUCAACGUUCCAGACCGACUUCAUUUUCAAAUAAUGAUGAUAUACAUUAUAAACCUGUAUACACUAGAAGUUCUGAAGAUUUACACCCUAGAACUAUUAAUGUCACUACUAGUAGUUUACCAAAUGCAGAAGAUCCACACAAUUCACUAUGUAGCCCAACAGUUAUCAAUUUGAAUUUUAUGAAUUCAGAUCAACCUCCAACUAUUGUUACCAAUAGAAGACCAUCAGGUGACUUUUCUAGUCCCAAUCGUAUGUCAAUUAGAACAUCAAUAAAACGUCCAUCAAGAAGUUCAACACCAGUGUCUGGAGCCAACUAUCUGAAUGAUGACAGCAGCAGCUUAUUAAGAAGUUCAAGUGGUUCAGCCAAAGGAAUUCAAUAUUGUUCAUAUAUAGUACCGCUUUAUUCAUCUGUAGACUGUAAACAACGCGGACAUAACAGGUACAUUUCAAGAAUGUGAAACAAUUUGAGUGGGUCGUUAUUGAAAGAGAUUACAGAAAUGGUGAAGAAUGAAUUAAUUUUUUUUAAUUAAAAUAAAAAAAAAUCGUUUUGAAUGAACUAUUUAACUUUUUUUUUCACUGAAAAAAACCAACUUCAAAUAGAAGUUUAUUGUUGUUAUUCAUCAUCGGAAAAAAACACAAAACAAAACAUUGAUUUAUUUAACUAUCAUCGUUUUAUAACAGAAGCAUCAACAACAUGACUUUUUUUCCUUAUUCAUGAAAAUUUUUAAUUAUGAUUAUAAUUUUAAUUAUUAUUAUUAUGAUUAUUAUUAUUAUUACUAUUAUUAUCUAUCAUUUUCAAGACUAUUCAAAUGUAAUGGACAUGCAUUAACUCUAUUUAUUGAUUUGUGACAAAUGCGCCAAUCUUAAAUGUAAAUUUUUAUCAUUAUACUACUAUGACAGUUAUUAUUAUUAUUAUUAUUAUUAUUAUUAUUAUCAGUAUCAUUAUGAAUAAUGUUUAAGUGAUUGAUAUUUCUGAAUUAUGCUUUGGUUUUGUUUUUUUGCGACUUUCGACAAUUUCAAUUCAUAAUGUUUUAUGAUACUUUGUGGCAAAAAUGUUUGAACAAAGAAAUUCUGUUCACUUAGAGGUCAAAACAUAAAACCAAUUAAAAAAUGUGUGUUUCAGAGAGAUUAUGUCAUAUGUGGUCAAUGAAAUAGUUUCAGUGUUCCUGACUGAGAAUGACUUAUUCAAUUCAUGUGCAUUGACUAAUGUAUUGUUUAGUGUUUUACAUUAAAUAUACAAUUAUUUUCAC